AUGUACACAUGCUGCAUGAUCUCCAUCAUACAAGCAUCCCUCCACCACACUCACCAUACUACACCUCCACCACACCCCUUCCUCCACCACGCCCACUCUGCCAUCCCUCCACCACACUCACCAUACUACACCUCCACCACACCCUUCCUCCACCACGCCCACUCUGCCAUCCCUCCACCACACUCACCAUACUACACCUCCACCACACCCUUCCUCCACCACGCCCAUUCUGCCAUCCCUCCACCACACUCUCGCUGGGAAAGACAUGGUUUUGAUGUCAAAUCUUUAGGAGAGCUCAAUAAAAAUCCUUGA